AUGUCUGGCUCAGGAUACGAUGCGGUGGUCGACGUCGAUGAUGACGGCGACCUUGGCCAUACCGAUCUCCAGGACGACCUCGAAUUCCACUCGUCAAACUUCAACGACACAAAUGCUGGUGGUCGCAAGUCAGCUCCAUCAGCCGGUCUCCCUCCACCCGUGACAGCAUCUUCAUCCUCAUCCAAGCGCUUCCUCUGGACGAUAUCGUUCUACGCCCAGUUCUUCGACGUUGACACAUCUGCCGUGCUCUCCCGCUGCUGGGCUGCGCUGUACCCGCGCGCCAACUUCCUCGACGUCCUCGAGGGUAAUCCCGAUCUCUAUGGGCCGUUCUGGAUCGCUACGACUGUGGUCCUCAUUCUCUUCCUCGGAGGCACCAUCAGCGCGUACCUCGCCGACACGGGCGACCACCCUUUCGCCUACGACUUCAAGCUCCUGAGUGGCGCCGCCGGACUUAUCUACGGCUACACUCUCUUCAUCCCCGUCGGCCUCUUCCUCGCCCUGCGGUACUUCGGCUCCGAGUCGGCCAACUUGCUCGAAUGCUGGGCGCUCUAUGGCUACUCCAACCUCAUCUGGAUACCCGUAGCCCUCAUCAGCUGGUCGCCCAUUACCAUACUCAACUGGGUCUUCGUGGCUGUCGGGUUCGGCCUCUCAGUCGCCUUCUUGCUGCGCAACCUCUACCCCGUGCUCAGCGCCACCGACCGCCAGACGAGCAAGAUUCUGCUCAUCGUCGUUGUCGCCCUGCACCUGGGGCUGUCGUUGACCAUCAAGAUCCUGUUCUUCGCGCACGGGAGUCCCGUUGCAAGCCCUCCCAAGGGAGACGACAAGGGCGGCGCGGCCAUGUUCCUUUUCUAA